CCAUCACAUUACUCACACUUUUCUUCUCUUCUCUGAAUCCCUGAAUUCCUCUGUUCGUUCGUUCGUUCAUUCAAGUUUUUUCUCAAAGGCAACCGAAGAUGAUGACUGCAGAUCAUAUUCGUUUUGUCGUCGGCAUUAUCGGCAACGUCUUAUCUUUCGCUCUCUUUGCUUCGCCAAUGCCAACGUUUUAUCGAAUUCUCAAAAACAAAUCGGUAGAGGAGUUCCAUCCGUACCCAUACCUAGCAUCUGUAAUGAACUGUAUGGUGUGGAUUUACUAUGGCAUGCCUUUUGUUCAUCCGAACAGCAUUCUUGUGGUCACCAUCAACAGCGUUGGUCUCUUCAUGCAGUUGUGUUAUCUUACCAUAUUUUUCAUCUACACUGGCAAAAGAUAUCGGCUACAAAUAAUUGGCAUAUUAUUGGGGGAAAUCGUGGGGCUGGCCGCCGUCGUAGCUGGAACCAUGUUAGGCAUGCACACUUACGCAAGUAGAACCCUAGUCGUGGGGAUUCUCGCUACCUUCUUCGGAAUUUGUAUGUAUGCAUCCCCUCUAACAAUCAUGUACAAGGUAAUCAAAACAAAGAGCGCUGAAUUCCUCCCAAAGAUGCUGUCCAUAGCAUGCUUCCUUAAUGGAAUCUGCUGGGCCAUCUAUGCUCUCCUCAAGUUUGAUCCCUUUAUCUUGACUGGAAACGGACUUGGAGCACUAUUCGCUUUAGUUCAGCUGGUAUUGAUCGUCAUUUACCGCAACCCGCCGCCCAAAGAGGACGAGAAGCCGUCUAAAGUGGAGCUCCAAAACGUCGUCUGAUUUCUUCAACUCUCAACAGAAGACUAUGAUCCCCUUAGAUUUGUUUCUAUUAUCCACUUCCUAUUUCCACGAGAAUACGAAUUUCUGUGGCAAUUGCAUUAGUCAUUGAGUUUUUAGCAAUUUUUUGAAAGUUAAAUAGAUUCUUUAACUCAGUUAUAAUACUAAAUCUUUUCUUUA